GAGAGAGACGAGUCCUCCGAGUCCGACUCGGACAGCGAUCCGCUCCGCGCCAUGCUGCUGCUACCGCCGCCGCCGCUGCUUCCGGCCGCGUGCGCGUGCCCGCGCCGCGGCUUCCGGCGGGCCCGGUGCCGCGGUUGCCACGGCGACGGCGGGAGCGGCAGCAUGGCGGCGGCCGGGGCGCAGCCCGUGGCCGUUUUCGGCUGCCGGCCGCGGGUCGCCGGCGGCGUCUGCUUCUUGGAGGAUCAGGUCGUGCUGCACGCGGCGGGGGCGGGCUGCCUGCAGCUCCACCUUGAGCAGAAAUGGCACAAGUUCAUCCCAGGCACCGACAGGAGCCAAGGCGUGCAGGCGCUGGCCGUCAGCCCCGACCGGCGCUACCUGGCCGUCUCGGAGACGGUGGCGGAGCAGCCGGCGCUGACAGUUUACGAGCUGUCGGCGGGGCCGGCGCGGCGGCGGAGGACGCUGGCGGCUGCCGAGCUGCCGGCGCAGGAGACCGUGUCCCUGGGCUUCUCCCCCGACUGCCGGUACCUGGCGGCCGCCACGGCCCCCCCCGACGGGCACCUCACCCUCUGGCGCUGGGAGAAGCAGCGGCUGCUGGCGCUGGUCCGCAUCGAGGCCCCGGGCAGCAGCGUCUGCCAGGUGAGCUUUAGUCCUCAAGAAAACGCACAGGUUUGUAUCACCGGAAAUGGAUUUUUUAAACUUUUUAAGUACAGUGAAGGAACAUUGAAGCAGACAAAUUUACAAAAGGGAGAGCGGCAAAACUACUUGUGCCAUGCCUGGCUGUCUGAGCAAGAAGUUAUAUGUGGCACUGACACAGGCAAACUUUACUUGUUUGAAACUGGAGAGCUGCGCUGGGAGACAAAAUUAGAGUACAAAAAACUACCCAUGGAACUAGAAGAAGAUGCAACAAGAGAAUAUGACAGUUCCUGUGAUGUCUCUAGUGGACUGGCCUCUGAAGACAAUGGUUCACGCCAGGAUUCUUUGCCUCAAAUAUUGGCAGUCGCAGCUUAUUCCAAAGGCUUUGCAUGUUCACCUAGCCCAGGAGUUGUUGUUCUGUUUGAGAAGACCAAGGAAAAGGAAGUCUACAAAGAGAGUCAAGAAAUCUGGCUUCCUGAGGACCAAUUCAGCAGUGAGCCAAAACAGUCAAGCAGACAGGACAUUAUAUGUAUAUGCUUCAGCCCCUCUGAGAAAACGAUAGUCGUUAACACAAAUAAAAAUCAGCUUUACAUGUUUACUAUACUCUCCACCGACUUCAUGAAGGAGAAGGCAGCUUAUUUUGUGUAUCUGAAUUACCCAUUGCAUUCUGCUCCAAUCACUGGUUUGGACGUGUGUGUUUGGAAACCCAUUCUUGCUACUUGUUCCCUGGAUAGAUCUGUCCGCAUCUGGAAUUACAAGAUGAACACUUUGGAGCUGUAUAAGGAAUAUCGUGAGGAAGCAUACACAGUAUCAGUCCAUCCCAGUGGCCUUUUCUGUUUGGUUGGGUUUUCUGACAAACUACGAUUUAUAAGUCUACUGUAUGAGGACAUGCAUGUUUUCAAGGAGUUUGCCGUGAGAAAGUGUAGAGAGUGCUCAUUCAGUAAUGGAGGCCAUCUUUUUGCUGCAGUUAACGGAAACGUAAUUCAAAUUUAUUCCAGCAUCACCUUUGAGAUUGUUAGUAAUCUGAAAGGACAUAGUGAGAAGAUUCAAGCAGUUAAAUGGAGCUCAGAUGACGCUAAACUUGUCUCCUGUGACACAUAUGGUGCUGUGUACGAGUGGAACUUGUCAACAGGUGAAAGAGAGUCAGAGUGUGUGCUCAAGUCCUGCAUCUACAGCAGCAUUGCCCCGUCUUCUGAUGCCAAAGUCAUCUUUGCCGUUGGAUCUGACCAAACUCUCAAAGAAAUUUCAGAGUCUUCGAUCCAGAAUGAAGUGUCUGCUUUCGGUGUUGUUUACACUGCAGUAGCUGUUUCUCAUUCUGGGCACAUGGUAUUUGUUGGUACAUCUCUGGGGACAAUUCGAACUAUGAAAUACCCGUUACCUUUGACAAAGGAUUUCAAAGAGUAUCAGGCCCAUGCAGGUGCUGUUACAAAGAUGUCCAUAACAAAUGAUGACCUAUUUCUGCUGACUGCCUCAGAGGAUGGCUCCAUAUUUGUCUGGAAAUUGUAUGAUAAAGGAGGUGGGAUACUGAAAUGGGAAAAGGAAUUUGAUUAUGCUGAGGAAGUGCUGAUCAUGAGAUCAGAUAUAGAGGAGAAGAGUCAGGCAUUGAUAGACCUGCAGAUUCGUGUGGAAGAGCUACAGACAGAAAAUGAUUACCAGCUACGUCUCAAGGAUAUGUACUGUAAUGAAAAAAUAAGGAAAUUAGAAGAGAAUUUCACUCAAGAAAUAAACUCCCUUAAAACCAAAUACCAGAUUUUACAUGCAGAAAAAGAAAAAGCAGACCUACAACACCAGCUUCAACUGUCUGAGCUGCAGAAUAAACAGGCCCGGGAGGUCCAACAGCUAGAAUCUGAAAAUAAUCUGAAACUCUUAAUGGAAAAUGAGAAAUACCAGGAGCUGCAAGUGAAAUCCCAGAAGAUGCAGGAGCAAUAUGAGAGACAAUUGCACAAUUCAGAAGAAAGCAAAAGCAGGACUGUGAAGGAGCUAACAGAAGAUUAUGAGGGAAAACUUAAAGAGUUAUCUCUUCUGCUGGAAGAGGCACGGGAGGACAUGAGGCUGCAGCUUCAAGCACAUGAAGAAAUUAAGAAACAAAUUGAAGAAGAUGAAGAUCAAGAAAUCCUGGAAAUGAAAAUCAAGUAUGAGAGACAGCUCAUGGAAGCAAAGGAAUCAAACCUCCAGCUGAAAGGAGAAAUCGGAGUCAUGAAUAAAAGGUUGAACAGCCUACAGAAAGAGCUCAAGGAGCGCAACAAGGACAUUGAGGAUAUGAGACUGGAACAGCAGAAGCUGCAAGGCAUCAUCAAGUCAUUGGAAAAGGACAUCUCGGCACUGAAGACAGAGGUUCAAGAGAGGGCUGACACUAUCCAAGACAAGGAGAAGGAUAUAUAUGACCUAAAAAAGAAAAAUCAGGAACUAGAAAAGUUCAAGUUUGUGCUGGAUUACAGAAUAGAGGAAUUUAAGAAGCAAAUAGCGUCACGUGAAAAUGAUAUCAAAACAAUGAAGGAGCAGAUCUGUGAGAUGGAGGGGGAGCUGGAACGAUUUCGCAAGGAGACCACACAGUUGAAGCUGAACAUCGCACGAAUGCAACAGAAACUAAAGGCAACUGACCGUGAGAUGCACAGAGAGAGGCAGAAGAAACAAAAUAUGGAAGUUCUCGUCAAUCGAUUUAAAACAGAUCUUCAUAAUUGUGUGGGCUUCAUUCAAGAUUCAAAAAAAUUGAAGGAUGGGAUCCGUGAGCUCUACACCAAGUAUGUGCAGCAACCAGACGAGGUGGAGACUGAAGCAGCAGAGAUAGAUAUGCAGCAGGAGUACAUGAGACAGCGAGAGUAUCUUGAGAGGAAUUUGGCAGCUUUAAAAAAGAAGGUGGUGAAGGACCGAGAAAUCCACCAAGCUGCUCACUUGCACAUCAUACAGGAAAAUGUGAGUCUGAUUAAAGAAAUUAAUAACUUGCGGCAAGAACUGAAGGUUGCCCACACCCAGAUACGUGACCUUCGGUCAACACUAAGAUUAAUGGAGAAAAAACAAGCAGUUCAAGGCACAGCUCCCUCCAGUGAAGUGCUGCCCAGCCCAACUGUCCUGAUGUUAAAUGCACAGAAGGAAAAUGAGAAAAUCAUAGAAAUGCAGCAGCUAGAAAUUCAAUACCUGCGAGACCAAAUCAAAGUCCUUGCAUCUGAGCCUCUCUCAGAUGGAAAUCUUCCUCCGCUGAAUCUGGAAAGAAGCCACAAGACACAGCAGCAGUGACGUGGUUCAAGGAUGCUUUACAUUAUUAUAUUCCCCUGGCAAGAUCAGAAAUGCAACAGCAUAAAUUAGACUUCCAUGAUCCUAUACUCUUCCACUAGAAGCAGUUGUGCAGCACUCACUGGUCUGAACAUUAAGGCAGCAACCUUCACUCCCUUUCUACUUUCCUGAAAAAUAAAUGUGUUAGUGCAAAACUGA